AUGGCUCCACUGUCAGCAUCAAAGGCUAAGAGACAGCAAGAUAAGGAGGCUAAGGCUGCCGCCAAAGGACAAUCCACCACCAAGUCCUCAAAGUCUGGCACUGAUUCUACUGGGAUUACUGAUGGUAGCGAUGUAAAGAAGCUCUCCGUAGCUGCUGAUAGAUCCACUGCUGGUGUUCUCGUUUCUGAUCCAAAGGGACGUGACGUUAAGCUUGAUGGUUUCACUCUCUCUUUCCACGGACGUCUUCUCAUUGAAUCCGCUGAAGUUUCCCUCAACUACGGUCAACGUUAUGGUCUUCUUGGUGAAAACGGCUCCGGUAAAACUACCUUCCUGGAAGCAUUGGCAGAGCGUGAUAUCGAAAUCCCUGAGCACAUUGAUAUUCACUUGGUAGCAGGUGAGGCUGACCCUAGUGAUGUUAACGCUAUGGACUUCAUUAUCGCAUCCGCAAAGGAGAAGGUCGCACGUCUUGAGCAACAGAUCGAAGAUAUGUCCACUGAGGACAAUGUCGAUGAAUUGGCUUUGGAGUCAAAGAUGGAGGAACUUGAUGAACUUGACCCAUCAACUUUCGAAGCUAGAGCUGGUCUCAUUCUUACCGGUCUUGGUUUCUCUCUUCAAAUGAUGAACAAACCAACCAAGGAUAUGUCUGGUGGUUGGAGAAUGCGUGUUACUCUCGCCCGUGCUCUUUUCAUCAAACCUCACUUACUCUUGCUCGAUGAGCCAACUAACCACUUGGAUUUGGAAGCCGUCGUUUGGCUUGAAGCUUAUCUCUCUACUUACAACCACAUUCUUGUCAUCACUUCUCACUCUGCUGAUUUCAUGGACAGUGUCUGUACCAACAUCAUGGAUCUCACCAACAAGCGUAAACUCCAAUACUACGGUGGUAACUACUCCAUCUACUGCCGUACCAAGGCUGAAAAUGAAACAAACCAAAUGAAAGCAUACGCUAAGCAGCAAGAAGAAAUUCAGCACAUUAAGAAGUUCAUUGCUUCUGCUGGUACUUAUGCUAACUUGGUUAGACAAGCUAAGUCUAAGCAAAAGAUUAUCGAUAAGAUGGAGGCUGCUGGUUUAAUUGAACCUGUCUCUCAAGCAAGACCAUUGAGAUUCAACUUUGAAGACAUUAGAAAAUUACCACCACCAAUUAUUGCAUUCAAUGAUGUCGCAUUCUCUUACUCUGGUAAACCUGAAGACUACCUCUACAAAGAUCUCUCAUUCGGUAUUGAUAUGGACUCACGUAUCGCUAUCGUUGGUCAGAAUGGUACUGGUAAAUCUACUCUUUUAAACCUCAUCACUGGUCACCUCCAAUCUGUCGAUGGUACCGUGUCAAGACACGCAGGUUUGAAGCUUGGUAAAUACUCUCAACACUCUGCUGAUCAACUUCCAUACGACAAGACUCCUGUUGAACACUUGGAGGCAUCUUACAAGGAGAAAUUCCCUAACAAAGAUUAUCAAUUCUGGCGUUCUCAGCUUGGUAGAUUCGGUAUUUCAGGUGCACACCAAACAGCUCCAAUUGCUCACUUGUCUGAUGGUUUGAGAAACCGUGUCGUUUUCUCCAUGUUGGCUAUGGAUCAACCUCACAUUCUUCUCCUCGAUGAGCCUACUAACCACUUGGAUAUGGAAUCUAUCGAUGCUCUUGCACUUGCAGUCAAGGAAUUUGAAGGUGGUGUAGUUAUUGUCUCUCACGACUUCAGAUUGAUUUCUCAAGUCGCUGAAGAAUUAUGGGAAGUUAAGGAUCGCAAGAUCUACAACCUUUCUAAGUCCGAAAUUGACAUUCAACAAUACAAGUCUAUGCUUCAAAAGAAAUCUGAAGUUUCACUUGAGAAGGCUAAGCUUGGUGGUGCAGGUAAAACCAAGGCUUAG